UUGGGUUCUCGUCGGACCUAUUUAGAAGACAGCACGUUCCGUCUCCGUAAUUCUUCCGUCUAAAGAUGGCGGAGUAUACCAACCUCGUCCGAAGGGCUUUGGGACAAAUAGGAGGUCAUGGUGGACUCCGAGGAUUUUUUCUUCAGCUCUUCAGAGUGAAUGAUGUGAAAACAGGGAAUUUGGUUGGUGAGGAUAAAUACGGCAACAAAUACUAUGAGGACAACAAGCAUUACUUCUUUGGACGUCACCGCUGGGUGAUCUACACCACAGAGAUGAACGGAAAGAAGACCUUGUGGGAGGUGGACGGCAGCAUGGUCCCAGCUGAAUGGCAUCGCUGGUUGCACUGCAUGACAGACGACCCCCCCACCACACACCCUCCAGAGCCCAAGAAGUUCCUCGCUGAGAUCCACCAGUUCAAUGUGAGCGGGACUCCACAACAGUAUGUGCCCUACCCCACCACCCGCAAGAAGAUCCACGAGUGGGUUCCCCCUAAAGCCGGAUCCCAGUGAACUCUAUCUGCAUAUUUCAAUUCCCAUGCUGUAAAUUAUGGUUUCUAGCCUCUGUAUCCAAAAUGUCCUAAAUAAAAUCUCUAUAAAGAUGG